GACCCACUGCAUCCAUAGGAUCCUGCACGAUUCCAAACUCCAUUCCUCACGGAUGUUUUCUUCCAUCCCAGAAAUCCAAUAGGGUGAACAGAAGGCUAACCCUAGAGAAUGUUGCGAAUCUUGGAUAGACUCAGACCAAAACGGAAACGCCUGCACCGGUUUGCGAAUCUCAGCCCUGAGAUUCUGAACCUCAUCAUCGAGCUUCUGUGUAGCGACGGCAAACACCAUAUCCUUAAUGUGUGUCUAGUCUCUCGCGGGCUUUACAUCUUUGCUGUAUUCUAUCUGUACCGCAACAUCACGCUCGAUUUCUCGAGAGCAUCCCAUUCUCGUCUACUGCAGCGAUUAUCGGCACCUAGGUGUCGACUUGCAGAGAGAAUCCGGACUAUCGUCAUUGUCGACACCGCAAAACAAGAUAUACUACAAUGGGACGACCUCUGCGUCAUGUUCAGUAGGCUUACGUAUCUACAGGAGUUUACGUGGAUUGGCCCUCUACGAAUGCCGUACUUUCUCCUUGAGUUACUGGCUUCUCGACACCCAAAAGCACGUCUGAACAUUACCGCCUGGAAACCCACCACUACAUUUCGGUCAAACUUCGCUCGUAUAAAUGGUUAUGUCAUGGUCCAUCCAGCGGGUCUUCAGCUAAACAAGUUCGUGUACCGCUACGAUGGUGCACAGAGACUUAGCCCUGACUUCAAGAAAAAUCUUCUUAUGUCUUUGAAAGACAAGGCCACACUAUCGGGUUUGACUAUCAUCAACUGCACUUCAUCUGAGGUCAAUGCAUUUCCAGAAAUGUUGGAUCUUUUUCGCAACAGCAGCUUCCGUUGUACCGAAAAGCUAGUGCUACAUACGUCCAUCUUCACGUGCCGUGAGUUGUCAGUGUGGGCUUCGAGGGGAGAAUGGGACCGGCUUACCUUUUUGCAUCUACAACACGCCUCUUUACUUCACCACUUUAUUGGGAAAACUCCUCAUCUGAAACAUCUCAGCUUUCAGUUCGAUCAUAGAAUGAAUACUAGUGAGACUGGAACUCAGCUAGUCACGAUAUUAAUGAGCAACCCUCUACCUGAGCUACGUCGUAUAAGUUAUGGCAUUUAUGGACAACAUCUAGUACCUCCUCCUCUCAUCCGUUGCGCCCCCUGGGACAUAUUGCCAAUAUACCCUGAAAUCAGGGAGCUGUACUUGACUCGAGAAUGGGAUUGGCCACGUGGGAUUACAUCGCUAUACGCGCCAACUGCGGACGAUAUGCGUAGGAUUCGGACACUUUGUCCCAUUCUAUUGAGACUCAGGCUCACCAUCGACGUACCAGGGGAGCGUUCAAGUUUCGCGCUCGUUGUGGAAGAGCUUGCUCGAUUUCAGGAACCCAUCGAUCUGGUACUGCACUUGCGGCUUCCGUACAAACAUUCGAAAAGCUAUCAAAACUACUGUAUGAGAUGCAAGAAAGUUUUUCUACUCAUAGUAUUGCGGCGCAAACUUCUAAAACUUCCAUGCGAAAAACCUUUUCAAAUCUGCUUCCAGGCUCUGCGGAUAGAUCAAGAGUCGCCUGGAACAUGGGUCAACUCAGAGUGUACCGUCUGGCUCAACAGUGCUGGGUGGCUAGCUUCGAGCGGAUGCAACGUUAACAAAAGAGAGAAGCUAGACAGAAUGUCAACUAUUGACCUUGAAGAGAUGAGCAAGGAGCAAUCCCGAUUGGAACGAUACCGGGAUAGCAAAGGAUACAGGCAAGAACUAAAAAGGCGGGAGCGGAGCCUUGGUACAAAGUUUGGCUUUUCUGAAGAUUUCACCUUGCACAAUCUUUGGGGGCUGGAUGGAGAAUUGGAAACGAACAGUGCGUGACGAUGCUCAAGCCAUGUGUCGUUCUUCUUGGUACUCAUAAGGACUGUCAUAAUCGAGAUCUUCGCUUGUCGUACAAAUCGCCGAGUUCAGCUUCUGGUCGUGAAUUUGUCAAAGAGUCAAAGCGUUUGUGUGAGCUUUCACCUAGGUAACAAGCCUUGGCGCGAGCGAGACAGUCUUAGAACGCCUUCGCCUUACUUAACAACAACAAAAC